AUGCCCCUCCAUUUCCCAAGCAGUACGCUCAAUGGUCACCAUCCUAUUGGCUACCUAAGCACGACCCCACAUGCCCCUCCAUUUUCCAAGCAGUACGCUCAAUGGGAAUUCAAUCAUUUGCGGGGUGAACUUGAGCAAGAAGUAGGAGAUCUAUGGUUCACCAACUGUGCUAUGCACGUCCUAUUAAGUAGUAUGAGUUACAGGGUGGACAAGAUCACAGACAAGACUAGCAAUGUAACAUCCAGUAUCGUCCACGUUCACCAAAGACCUAAAAGCGAACUGCCGAACUAUGCACAGGGUUGUGUUGCCAGUUCGGAGGGUAGCUCAGGACCUGGAUCGAUACUGUAG